UAAUUUCAUCCUUAUUACUCUGUUUUAGGUUGCCUGAAGCUCAGCAGAGAGUUGGAGGAUGUUUUCUAAAUUUGAUGCCACAAAUGAAAAACUUGUACCUUACAUACUGUGCCAACCAUCCAUCAGCAGUUAAUGUUCUCACAGAACACAGUGAGGAGCUAGGAGAAUUCAUGGAGAUGAAAGGUGCCAACAGCCCUGGGAUCCUUGUGCUGACCACAGGCCUCAGCAAACCUUUUAUGCGUCUGGAUAAAUACCCCACGUUACUCAAAGAACUUGAAAGACACAUGGAGGAUUAUCAUCCAGAUCGUCCAGAUAUUGAAAAAUCCAUGACUGCCUUCAAAAAUCUUUCUGCACAAUGUCAAGAAGUACGGAAGCGGAAAGAACUUGAACUACAAAUACUGACGGAAGCUAUCCGUUGUUGGGAGGGAGAGGAUAUUAAAACACUUGGCAAUGUGAUUUACAUGUCCCAAGUCAUGAUUCAGUGUGCUGGAAGUGAGGAAAAGAAUGAAAGGUAUCUUCUUCUCUUCCCUAACAUUUUGCUAAUGUUGUCUGCCAGCCCGAGAAUGAGUGGGUUUAUCUAUCAGGGAAAACUGCCAAUGACAGGAAUGACUAUCACAAAGCUUGAAGACAGUGAAAACCAUAAAAAUGCAUUUGAAAUAUCAG